AAGGAACCGCUGUGCUGUCUGCUAACACCCCCCAUUCUUUAUUGUUUUCGAGGUUUAUCAACGAUGAGAUGUAGCAGUAAUGCUUAGCGAUGGGUGACGUUCUAGCUUGUGAAGCUGAGUUACUCGGACUAGUGAGAGAGUAUUUGGAUUUUGCUGAAUUUGAAGAAACAGUGAAAGUAUUUACAAAGGAAUGCAAAAUAAAAGGGAAGCCACUACCUAAACCAGCAGGUGUUUCCUCAAGAGAUUCAAAAGCUUUGCCUGUUCAGAAAGAUCUGCUUACAGCAUUUGAAAAUGGUGAGCAGAAAGUUUUCUUCCAACUCUGGGAGGAGCAUAUUUCGUCUUCAGUCCGGGACAAUGAACCGGUUGCUCAGAAGCUGGAGUUCUAUCUUCACAUACACUUUGCAACCUACCUCUUAAAACACUCUAUGGGAAAGCCUGACAAAGCUGAACUUGAGGAAAGGAUUUCUCAUUUUAAGGCAUACCUGGAAACAAAAGGAGCUGCACUGAGCCAGACUACAGAGUUUCUUCCUUUCUAUGCUUUGCCUUUUGUUCCAAACCCCAUGGUACAUCCUUCAUUUAAAGAACUUUUCCAGGAUUCUUGGACAUUGGAUUUAAGGACAAGAUUGGAAAAGUUUCUGUCUCUGACUGUCAAAGCCAGACAGACUCCUCGGCUUCUCACAUUAUUUAAGGAGAAUGGACAGUGCAACAAAGAAAUGUUGCAACAUCUUCAUCAACAGUUAGUGGAAUCUGAGCACAGGACCAUGACCUACCUGAAACGAUUUAACAAAAUGCAGGUGGACUACCAUAAUCUCAUUGGAGUCACUGCAGAGCUGGUGGAUUCCUUGGAGGCCACAGUCAGUGGCAAGAUGAUCACGCCAGAGUAUCUUCAAAGUGUUUGUGUUCGCUUGUUUAGCAAUCAGAUGAGACAAAGUGUAGCACAUAGUAUUGAUUUCACAAGGCCUGGAACUGGAUAUUACUCUAUGAGCCCUUGUGAUGACGGAUAUGCUUCCACAAUGUUAAGAGCAUCUUUAGCCCCUGUGAAGAUGCAGGAUGUGCCAUUGUUGCCCUCAUUGGAUUAUGAGAAGCUGAAGAAAGAUUUGAUUACAGGGAAUGAUCGUCUCAAGGCCUUCUUACUGCAGGCUCUGCGCUGGCGCUUGACAACAUCAUAUCCUGGGGAACAGAGAGACACUGUCCUGCAAGCCUAUAUCAGUAAUGACCUCCUAGAUUGCCACAGCAGCUGUCAGAGGAGUGUCCUGAAAUUAUUACAUUCUAAGAGUGAGGUAGUCAGACAGUAUAUGGCAAGGCUCAUCAAUGCUUUUGCUUCACUGGCAGAAGGUCGUGUCUACCUUUCUCAGAACCCAACAUUGCUGCGAAUGCUGGAGGAGAGACUGAAAGCUGAAGACAAGGAUUCCCUUACAUGGGAGAAUGUUCUGGGGGCUCUGCAGAAAUUCAGCCUCAGGCGUGCACUGCAGUCGGCAAUGAUCAAAGAUGGGCUCAUUUUCUGGCUGGUUGAUGUUCUAACAGAUACAGAUUGCCUGUCUGAUUACACGCUGGAGUAUUCUGUUGCCUUGCUCAUGAAUCUUUGUCUGCGGAGUGCAGGGAAGAAAAUGUGUGCAAGGGUCGCAAACCAUGUGCUCAAAGUCCUCUCUGAUCUUCUUGGCCAUGAGAAUCAUGAGAUACAACCAUAUGUGAAUGGAGCACUGUAUAGCAUUCUUGCCAUCCCUUCUGUCCGAGAAGAAGCCAGAGCAAUGGGAAUGGAAGAAAUUCUGCGCUGCUUUAUCAAGGAAGGAAAUGCAGAGAUGAUCCGACAGAUUGAAUUUAUUAUCAAGCAGCUCAAUUCAGAAGAGCCGUUAAAUGAUAGUAUUGUGUCUGAUGAUGAAGAGGAAGAGGAGGAUGAGGAAGAAGACCAUGACAUCAUGGAGGCUGAUCUGGACAAAGAUGAGGUUUUGCAGCCUCAGCUGGGAGAGCUUGCAGGAGAGAAGCUGCUAACAACUGAGUACUUGGGAAUAAUGACUCAUACUCCAAAAACCAAGAAGAAGCUGUUUCCUGGUGUCCAUCAGAGUAUAGAUGAGCCCCUCCAGAGACCUGUGACGCCAGGUUAUCACAGAACUGUGUACCUAAUGCCAGAAAAUGAUACCAGUUCUUGUCAUGAUAGGGAUGAGAAGCUGCAGUCUCUUCCAAGUGGUCAUCCUCCCAUUUGUGGUGGGAGCAGGUCCAGCAUUUCUGACCUCUGCAUUUCCCCUUCAUACCCUGGGGCAGGCUGCAAGACCUUGGGGCACACAGUUGGAUUUUGGCUCAAGCCAAAUGAAUGGCUACAGAAGGUAACGUGCGGUCAGCAGAGGCCAAUGGUCUCACUUGCCUCACUCCAUCUUGCUUCCUGUGGAAGCGCCAAGGAUCAUACCCAGGGUUUCCAGUGUGUACUGUUAUUUCACUCCGCGAUGUCCUCUGCCUAGGGAAAGAGCUGCAGCCCAGAGACAGUGCACUUCCCAACAGGCAAAGCCCCUUACUUGAUCAAAUAUACCCUUGUUUGGAUCUAAAUGAAUCACUGUCUGCUGGCACCUGCAGGCUCUGUUGGCUAGACCUCUCUAUUAAAGUUGAAGGCAGCUGCAGUUAUCUGCUUAGAUUUGCAACUACAUUCAAACCAUAAAAGGUUGUGGAGGAUGGGAAGCCCUGUGCUGUAUAGCUACAUUGUGGGUAACGCUGCUAAAGAUUCUGUCCUUGCAACUUAAACUGAAAUGAAUGCAAACUCAGCUGGACCUGAGAGCUCAGAAACAUGUGAUGGAAUUUAAAAGGUUAUAGGCUUCUGAAAUAUUUUCUUUCUGAACUUCUGAUAUCCACAGGAUCAUGGAACUUCAGAUGCAGGAGUUUCAACCUUCUUGCAGGAAUUCAUUAACAUUUCCAAUUAGGGAUUUAAAGCAAAAUGUUCUGCAGUCUUAGAUAAAGGAUCUUGCAGCAUAUCCGGUACAGAAUUAUUAAUAAGUUCAGACAAAGCAUGCCUUUACUUUGCUGAAAAAUAUGCUUUGAAGCAGUAAAGGAAUAGCAUACUUUUUACUCUCUCUUCUAUUUUUUUUAAAUUUCCUAGAGGAAAUGAAAAGGAUUCUGAGAAAAGUAACCAAGGUCUUGCAGACAGGAAUUUGCUUGCGUAAUGCCUAGAGCUGAUAAAUAUAACACGCUGAAUGAAAGCCGUAUGAUAGAAGCAGAUGAAGCUCCUGUUCAAGAUGGGCACUUGGGUUCUUGCUGUUGUGUAGGAAUGAGAACUGCUGUCCUCAAGCCUCGCUUUGCGCAGUAGCACCUUGAGUAUAGCUGAGCCCUUUCCGCAGGGACGUUAGCUGGCCAGAGGCAGCAACUCAGAGCAACAAAGGUGGUAAACUAAUCAAAGGCAUACUGACUUGACAGUUUUCCUAUAUAGAAAUAAAAAAUGGAGUUUUACAUACUCAUGCUUUGUAAAGGAAACAAAGCCAAGCAGGUAUCAAAGGUAUUCCUAUUUGCUGUUUUAAAGUGUAAUUGGAUGCAAUUUCUAAGGCAUUAUGCAGCCACCAGGAGCCCAGCAGGCUUUCUGAACCACAUUUUGAUAAUAUCUUGCCAGUGAAAUGCUUUCAUUCACCUCAGUUUUUCUGUGCUGCUGAUGCUGUCUGACAGUUUGCUUGUAGAGAUUUGUGGGGAGGUUUAAACAAGGAGCCUGAGUAAGUCAGCAAAGUAAAUGUUCAUUUUUGAUGGAAAAUAUUGAUUUAAAGCCUUCAUGCUGAAGAAAUUUCUGCCAACUUUAAUGUUUCAGAUUGUCAGAACUUUGCUUGUAGCCUCUGUCUAAAACAGUUCGUUAGCUGUUUUCAGUCAAAAUUAUAUGCAGGUGGAUACUAAUAAGACUACUAGUUUAUACUCUUUUCUUGUAGAAAAAUCUUGGAGGUCAGAACAUACAGCAUAUUUCAAGUUUAUAAGCAUUAUAUAUGUAAAAAGACAUACAAUUUUUGUGUGUGGCAGAGACAAUUCUUCCUAGCACUAAUCUAGGCUAUAAAACAACACUGAGCUACUUGAAGGAUUGCCAGAGGUUUGUUUCGGGUUUUUGCAAGUAGCCAGUGAAAUACAUGCUUGUCUUUCUUACCUUUUGGGAUUUAGAAAUGAGGAGAAGAAGAGAAGAGGAAAGAGAGACUGCACUGCUAGAUCCCCUGGUUGUUCAUGUCAGUGACGGGACUUUCAUUCUGUAUAAUAAUUCGAUGGUGUCUUCGGAUAUCCCCUAUUUUCCAAAAGGCAGUGGGAUUUGUAAUUUUUAAAUUGGAAAGGCUUUAAUUUAAGACAAUGGAAAAUAAGCGCCUUCUCUUCUAGUGCCUUCUAAGAUACGGCAGAGAACAGUACAUAACAGAAAGGUGUAAAAAUAAUUGUACUGCUUCUAGAGACUCUCAUCAUGCCCUGCCAAACAUCUUUGCUGUGAAAUAAAUAUGCAGUUUAUUGAGUUCUGAUCUGGGUCUGAUGGUCAUUAUGCAGUACCAGGAACCUGCUCAUUUCAGAAUAUGUUUUCCAGCAUUGCAUGAAUACUUUGGGAUUCAGAGUUUCAUGCAGUCAAGUCAUGAAAGGAACAGUAAGCGACCAAGAGCGAAAAAACAGUUAGAAUAAAAGCUUCGUGUGAACAGUUAGUAUCGUCCAGGUCAUAUCUCAUGGAGACUAAGUUUAGCCUCAGGAAACCUUGAUCCUCUUUUGUUUUCUAAAAAUGAGAGCAGUUCUUAAUGUCCUCCAUGCCUGGAUAUAUUCAGCUGUUCUUGAGUCGGUCUGGUUUUGUCUGGAUCCAUCCUCCCUUUUUAUCACUUUGGUAAAGAAUUGAUAACUCUGGCUCUCUUUUCUUUUUUGUCUCCUGUGAGCAGAAAACUUGUGGACUAAAGAUGAACCCUGGUCAUCUUACUACGCUUAUUAUGCUGAAUGUCAGACAGAACAUGUGCUGGGCAGCCAAAUGCUUGUCUGAAAGUGAUCUGAUCUGCAUCCAUAUCAGCAUGUGAGAGCAAAUUAGGAUGGCAGCCUGUCCUGAGCAUGGGAGGAAUGGAGCUAGGGAUUUUCCCUAAACUCUUAUUGAUCUUGCACAUCUUGGUAGCCUUGUGUCUCUUGGCAAACUGACUGUCCUUCCCUUCUCCAUUAGUGCAAGGGAGAAAGUGAGGUAUAUUGAACUAAUGUAACAGACCUGAAGUGUGACAGAAAACACUGGUUUUUUGUCUGCAGUGACUGCCUGUUACUAUGGAUAUGUACAGACAACUGCAAGUGUUUGCAUUUGUGUGACUUUAAUGAGAUAUUGGUCAUUAGCUGAUAUAUGUUAACUGACGGUCUGGAUGCUCCUAGACCAUUGCAAAUGCAGAGUGUAGCUGCUUUGAAAAUGAUCCAAGCAUGUUUUACUUUCCAAUUGCAAAGGGCUGGAAGUAUGCACACUUGGAGUUGGCUUGGCUCAGCUGAUGAGCUGUAAUGCACUCUGCCAUGCUAACUCAGUAGCCUGCCAUUAUCUCAAGGUAUCCUUUGUACAGCAGGAAAUGUGACCUGAUUGUGUUUCUAGUAAAAUUGUAGAGAGGCAACUCCUCACUGAACU